AUGGCGACUCGACGAUCUCACUUCCACCAGCAGGUGCUCGUCGACACGACACCUCUGCCGGACGACGUGCCGGCCGUCAAGGAGGUGGGCGCGAGCUCGGCGCCGCUCCUGUCGGCUUCCUUUUUCAUCGGGGCGCGGUGCCGCGACUACAACGACGACUACAUGCAGUGCAAGACGGAAAAGGCCGGGCGCGGCGAGUUUGAUUGCAUGAAGGAGGGGCGACGGGUGACGCGCUGCGCCCAGAGCGUCAUCAAGGACAUCAACACGCAUUGCCUCGCCGAGUUCCGCAGGCACUGGGAGUGCCUCGACGACCGAAACCAGCAGCUCUGGCAAUGCCGUCCGGCCGAGUGGAAGCUCAACAAGUGUGUCUACGAGAAUCUGAAACUGGAAAAGAAGAUUCCCGACCAGCCGGCCAACGUGACGCCGGUCGAGCUGCGGCCGAAGCAGAUCUUUGCCGACGUACGCAUCGGACCCGGCGACGGCAAGCCGUUUGCCCCGUCGCAGUCGAACGCGGCGAAGCAAUGA